UGUACGUGUAUAAAGUGUGUCUACAAGGGAACGAACUAGCGAAUGCCCGAAUGGCUUCGAUGCCAACUCUGCUCCAUACACAGCAAAUUUCAUUAUUCGGCCUAAUUUCCCACCAAUUCCCUUCCUUAAUCUGCUACAGCCCCCCAUUUCAAACAUCCAACCCUCCUCAUCUUCUCCGAGUCACUUCUCCAAACCUCAUUCUCUCCCACAAGCCAUUAGCAACACUCAAAUCCCAACAAAACAACCACUCCUCCUCCUCCAUAACCAAGACCCAAGACGACGGCAUUCCCAUUGAAGACGUCAAAAUUCUCGUCAAGUUCAAGUCCAGGCACAAUUACAUUCGCGUUCUCCAAGUUUCCAGAAAAGCUGACCACCCUUUUGCCGGCUCUAGGCUCCUGCUCCUCGAUGGCCCUGGAAACAUCCACAGCAUCUCGUUCCUAUUCAACAAAUCGCUCACCAACACGUACUUUGAUGUCUUCGCCACCUUGCCACCGAUCUUGCCGCCCGGGCCUUUGGGAAUUCUCGGGUUCGGAGCGGGUUCUGCUGCUCGUUUGUGUCUUGAGUUGUACCCGGAAUUGGUUAUCCACGGAUGGGAGCUUGAUCCGUCUGUGAUUGCUGUGGCGAGAGAGUAUUUUGGCCUUGCAAAGCUUGAGAGAAAAUACAAAGAAAGGCUUUUUGUCUAUGUUGGUAAUGCAUUGAAAGCUACAGUUCGAAAUGGGUUUUCGGGAAUCUUUGUUGAUUUGUUUAGUAAAGGUAGUUUGAUUCCGGAACUUCAGGAUCCGAAUACUUGGCAGCUGCUGACCAAGUGUUUGAGGAAAGGCGGGAGAGUUAUGGUUAAUGUUGGAGGUAGUUGUGUGGAGGCCGAGGAUUCGCGGAGAGAUGGGAAGGUAGUCAUGGAAGAGUCUUUGAAGGCGAUGCGACUGGUUUUUGGCGACAAGCUUUACAUUAUGAAUCUGGGGAAUCGGACUGACGAUAGCUCCAUAGCUCUCACCGGUGAGUUUCCGGAUCUUGACUCCUGGAAGAUGGCGCUGCCUCGUUCUUUGAGGUGCUAUGUCGAUAUGUGGACAAAAUUUCGCAGUUAAUAUGAUUGUUGCUACGAAUGGGACUGGAUUAGUGUCUGUGGGCCAAUAUCAACGCUACAAAGUAAGUCCAUUUUUGUUUCUUCACCAUUCUCUUUACCUUCUUGUCGGUGGAGAUGAAAACUAUACAUACAGUGCAAAGGAAAUGAAAAGCAAGCUAAUGCCUUUCCCUUCCUUCCCCUCACAAGUCCCACAGUCUGUGAUGUUGAAAAAGAAAAGAAAAAGAUUGUAACUUGCAAAAGUACUCUUACUUGGUUCGACGUCGAGGAGUGGGUAGUGGCCAAGCUCAGUCACUCCGUCCAAACACCAAUCUGAGAGAGAGGAAGAGAACUGAUCGAGAAGAUAUUUCCCAAAUCUGAGAGAGGAAGAGAUAUGAGAGAAAGGUUGCAUGAAAUCUGGGGGCGCAGAAUGAACGAAGGAAACGAAGCUCUGUGUUUGAACGAAGGUCUGUAUGAAUGAAGGAUUCUGCUGUCUGCAUUUUCUUCUUCCUCAAUUUCUUUCUUUUUAAAAAAGACAUGAUAUAAGCCCUGACGUGGCAAAACGCCACGUCACCGACGUGCACAUACAGGGACAACUUGUGCCUGUAUGUAGUAAAUCUGCUCUUUGAUUAUGCAAUGAAUUGAUCAUUAUUUGAGAAUCUAUGUCCACUUCCACAAAGCUAAUUUGCAGCUACUAACACAUUUCUAGUCCAUUAAGCAAUAUUACAACAACUUCAUGGUAUAUUAUUUCCAGGUUUUCACAUUUAGUAUGAAAAUUGUCAUCUCAUGAGGUCUUUCUAUGACUACUGCAAUAUUAUAACAACUACUGCAAUACUUUUUUCAUGGUAUAUUAUUUCCAAAAUUUCACAAUUACUAAGAACAGUGUCAUCUCCUAAGGUCUUUCUAUAACUCUAUAGUAGCAUUGCGUCUAAAGUUGUAGAUAACAUGUUGAGUUCAUGAGGUUUUUCAAUUCUUCUAACAAUAUAUAUUUAAGUACUUGAAUCUUGGAUCAUCUAUCACAUGUCUCGAUCUUUCUAUGGUACCAAAAGUUGCAGGGGGAGUAAAUGGCUUGUAGACAUGAGAGAAAAAUAAGAAUUGUUCCAAUAAAAGAGGGAUGCUCUAAAGGGCUAAACAUUGAUAGUAAGAGGAUAACGUCGUUCUUGGGGGCAUAUGAGCAGAAGUUCUAUUGCCUUCACUCUCCCAUGUUAGAUAUAAUCAUAUAUAACCAAGGUUUGGAUACCAAGUAUUCAAGAUCCGAAUACUUGACAACAGUUGAGGAAGUGUUUGAGGAAUGGCUAGACAGUUAUGUUUAAUGUUGUGAUUAGAUGUGCGGAGGCCAAGAAUUUGUGAAGAGAUAGAAAGGUAAUCAUGAAAGUGUCAUUGAAGGCAAUGUGACUGGUUUUUGGCAACAAACUUUACGUUAUGAAUCUCAGGAAUCGGAAGGACGAUAGCUUCAUUGCUUUCAUCGGUGUGUUGCCAGAUCUUAACGCCUGGACGACGGUGCUUCCUUGUUCUAUGAGGUGUUAUGUCGAUAUGUGGAGAGCAUUUUGCAGUUAAUGUGGUAUGUGCUGGUGAUGUUUGUGUUUGGCUUAUGGCAUUUGUGUAUGUAGACAAACUUCACAAAGAUGUGGAAUUGAAGGGGCAAAUUGUUUAGCUGUUUGUAGGAAAUGAGAACUCAUAGUAGGAAAGAUUAUUUAUAAAGUUGAACUAUGGAAUGCCAUUUUUUUCGAGAACUAUGAAAUAUCAA